UGCCCAUCCUUAAUUCCAGGCCUAAUGCCAAAGUGAAUCAUGGAUGCACCCUGGGAGAUGCACCCAAGCUCUUCUUAACCCCUUCUGCCACCUUAUUUGCGCUCUAUGAACAACAUCGUAAUCAACGGCAACAGAUAAUUACCCCAAAUAGUAGGCGGUUGGACAAGACUAACACUUCCUUGUUUAUGUUAGUGAAAAAUUGACGCAUGUAAAAUACGAAGAAAAAUUUAACGGACAGUGCAUCCAAAUUCUCGUUCAAAAUAUGAAUUGCUCCUGUUCUUCAAGUCAGUGUCCACACGUUCAAUACGUCCGAAAACUCCUGGAAACUACGGAAAAAGAUCACCAGGCACCCCCUCCCACUUUGAUGCAGAAAUCACUUCCGCAAAUACAAAACGCAGCGUGGUACAUUGCUUCAGCCAUCAAAGAGAUCUUCUUCAUUUGGAUUGCCAUAACGAAAAUCGUGCUGAGACUCUGGCUGAAUCUCCUCGACUCGAACAGUUACCUCUGGUUGGCGUUUUUGAUGUUUGCAUUCGGACUCAUCUGCUCGCUACCGGGUAUUCGUGGUGACGACACUUCAAUGCCAGCAGUGACAACGUGGUCGUCGACGUCGGAAGUGGACGUUCUUCUUGGAGAUGGGGCGAUAACGUCAAAUGCGCUCAGCACGGAACUAACAAUCAUCCGGUAACAUACUCUCUGCAGAAGAAUCGGAGCGGGUGGGAUGGCUUCUUAUAAGAACGGCAGUGUUUUGAUGGGAGCUGCUUCCUCAUGGCACUGAUGAAUUGGAUAUGUUGAAGGUUUCGGUGUUAAUAUACUGUGAAUGAAGAACGCGAUAAA